AUGGUGAAAAUAUGUGUCUUAUGUAACAAGGAACGUGCAGUAGUCAAGCGGCCCAAGACUGGACAGCAGAUAUGUCGCGGAUGCUUUUUCUAUGUCUUUGAAACCGAAGUGCACAUUACAGUCACAGAGUCACGUCUAUUCGAGAAGGGCGAGAGAGUCGCCAUAGGUGCUUCUGGAGGCAAAGAUUCAACGGUACUCGCAUAUGUAAUGAAGCUAUUAAAUGAAAGACAUGAGUACGGACUAGAUCUUUUCCUCCUGUCGGUCGACGAAGGAAUUACAGGCUAUAGGGAUGAUUCGCUCGAGGCGAGUUAUAACUCUGUAAAGAGGAAUCGUGACGAAUACGCUCUACCACUGAAGAUCAUAUCGUAUGAGGAAUUGUAUGGGUGGUCAAUGGAUAACAUUGUCAACGCUGUUGGUUUAAAAAAUAACUGUACAUUCUGUGGAGUAUUUAGGAGACAAGCUCUUGAUCGAGGCGCUCUGAUGUUAGGAGUUGACCAUAUCGUUACUGGUCAUAAUGCUGAUGAUAUUGCAGAAACAGUCCUCAUGAACAUUUUUCGAGGUGACAUUGCAAGACUGCAAAGAUGUACCAGCAUCACCACAGCAACAGAUGACGUGAUACCUAGAAGCAAGCCAUUCAAGUAUACUUAUGAGAAGGAGAUCGUCAUGUAUGCCUACUUUAAAAAACUGGACUACUUCUCAACAGAGUGUAUAUAUUCUCCUAAUGCUUAUCGAGGUCAUGCACGAGCGUUCUUGAAGGAUUUGGAGUCAAUCAGGCCAAGUGCUAUUAUGGAUAUCAUACAUUCAGGAGAGGCGUUUGGACUACCAUCGCAGACUAGGCCAACAAGUCCAGGCAAAUGCACGCGAUGUGGAUACAUGGCAAGCCACGGUCUCUGUAAAGCAUGUGUGCUUCUAGAAGGACUGAAUCGUGGUCUGCCACGGCAAGGCAUUGUCGCUGAUCCUCAAAAGCUUGAGAAUUCUGCUCGAGAUGGACAUAUUAAAUAUGUUCAUAUCGAGGGCACCACUGAAAGGAAGCUGACGAACUUUGAGGAUCUGGUCAAGCUACGUCAAAGCAUCAAGGACGCUGCAAUAGCGACGGAAGCUGCAACAGCUUGA